AGGGGAGCGGAGGCCCGGGACUACGGUGAGUGACGCUGCUCGGAAGGCGAGCUGAAGGCUCCUGAGGCGGAGUCCUAGGUGCAAGCCCGACCUUUCCUGUCCAGUUUGGGCCAGUGGUGGAAAAGCGACGUGAAGCGACCCAGGCUGCAGAGAGGACCGAACAGAACUUUGUAGAAUUUGGGAUGUACCGGGUGAGGUUGCUGAGGACUUGACUCGCCUCCUGCCUCUGUCCCACGGCACCAUCCAGUGGGCUCCGGCCUCCUUCUGUCAGACCCAUUUCAAGUUGUUCCCGCGGCUAGCAGCUCCAGGGACAGAUCCUAAAGCUGGAAAUCUUUUAACUUGGGUUGCUAGCCGGAGCCUCUGAGUCUUGCGUGCGGGCAACCUAGCCGAACCAGAGCCUAGUGCCAUGACGGAAGGGCAGGCAGUCCCGGGAGUUGGGGACUGGGAGAUCGACGUGGAGAGCCUGGAGCUGGAGGAAGAUGCCUGUGGGACUCCGCUGCGGGCCACGCCGCAGGGACCCAGUCCGUUGGCGGCGGAUGGGGACGGCGAGGAAGACGAGGACGAAGAUGAGGAGGACGAAGACGCGGAGGACGAGGGUGAUGGCGAGGACUCUGGCGUGUCCCCGGAGGUGGCCGGCGGGCCAGAGCAGCCCGGUGGACUGGCACCCAGGCCACCGCCCGCGGCUCAGGCGCUGCCAGCCGCCGCUGUAGCCCCGGAGCGCGGUGCCACCGCGAGUGGCGGUGGCGCAGAGCCGCGCAAACUGAGCCGCACGCCCAAGUGCGCGCGCUGCCGUAACCACGGCGUAGUGUCCUGUCUUAAGGGCCACAAGCGCUUCUGUCGCUGGCGGGACUGCCAGUGCGCUAACUGCCUGCUAGUGGUAGAGCGCCAGCGUGUCAUGGCCGCCCAGGUGGCGCUCCGGAGGCAGCAGGCCACCGAGGACAAGAAGGGGCUUUCUUCGGGGAAACAGAAUAAUUUCGAGCGGAAAGCAGUAUACCAAAGGCAAGUCAGGACGCCGAGUUUGUUGGCCAAAAGCAUUUUAGAAGGCUAUCGCCCAAUAACAGCGGAGACUUACCUAGGAGGGACCCUUCCUCUACCUCCACCUGUUAGUGACAGGAUGAGGAAGAGAAGAGCCUUUGCUGAUAAAGAAUUGGAGAACAUUAUGCUGGAGAGAGAAUAUAAAGAGAGGGAGAUGUUGGAAACCUCUCAAGCUGCUGCCUUGUUCCUGCCCAACCGUAUAGUGCCUGGACCUGAAUACAGUUCCUAUAAAAGUGCCUACAGCCCCACAGCAGGGGAGCCGCCAAGCAAGGACUUCUGUAAUUUUUUACCAACCUGCCUUGAUCUCACUAUGCAGUAUUCAGGGUCUGGGAAUAUGGAACUGAUUUCUUCUAAUGUCAGUGUGGCCACAACUUACAGACAAUAUCCCCUGUCCUCGCGGUUUUUAGUUUGGCCAAAGUGUGGUCCCGUUAGUGACACCCUUCUCUAUCAGCAAUACUUGUUAAAUACUACCACUUCUGUUCAGGCCCUGAAGCCUGGGGCUGGCUGGGACUUGAAAGGAACUGGAGUUCAGGACGGGCUUAGUGCAGAACACGACAUGAUGCCACCCAAACUGGAAGGCUCCCUGGUGCCGCCACUGCCGCCUCCUCUACCCAAGGUCUCAACCUCAAGAACUGACCUUCAGGCUCACCAGGCUGUCCCAGAGAGGUCUGCGUUUUCCCCACCUGGGCAGAAUUUCUCUCCCAUUGUUGAUAUGGACUGCCUGGCAGCUCAAGGGCAUGUCUUAACCAAGAUCAGUAAAGAAAACAGCAGGCAUCCUCUGCCACUUAAACAUAAUCCACUCCACUCAGUAUUCCAGCAGACGCUCAGCGACAAGCCAGGCCCUGAGUUGAAAACAUCAUCUGUCAAAGGAGCCUUUGAAGAGACCCCAAAGAAACACAGAGAGUGUUUGGUCAAGGAGAACCAGAAGUACACAUUUACAAUAGACAGAUGCGCAAAAGACCUCUUCGUAGCCAAACAAGUUGGGACGAAACUCUCAGCAAAUGAGCCGCUGUCAUUUUCUGUUGAAUCUAUUCUUAAGAGGCCAUCAUCUGCCAUCACUCAUGUCUCCCAGUGAAGGGCUGCUUAGAGGAAGACUGGAGGGUUCUUUGCAGAUGCCUUUUCUGUCUUUAAAGUUAAGAUGCUCGUAUGGAGAGAUUUCUAAUGUAAAUGGUGAUUCCUAAAAUCUUACGUAUCUCCUCUGCAUAUAUCUUUUCUUAUCACAUGAGUAUAUUUAAAAGAUGGAAACUGCUUACUAUGCAAAUUGUAAGGUUCUAUGCUUUACACAGCACUCCAAAAAGCAAUAAAAAUGACACUGUCUUCCGAAGACCCAGUA